AUGCCAAGUCUUCCAAUAUUGAGACGUUCUGGGAUAAUUCAAUUCUCAUUCAAAGCACUAAAUUUUUCAGACAAGCAUUCGUUAUGUGACUUAGACUCCUCUAAUAGUUCGAGCGUUGGUGCAAAUGAGCAUAUAAAUUCGCAUUUACCUGAAAGAGUCGGUCACACUCUUUCCGAUGAUUAUCAAUCAGUAAUUCCUAAAUCUACAAUUAUUCCAAGCGUUUGUAAAUCUUCGGACCUGGUGGAAAUAUCACCGAACGUCACUAAUCUUUUAAAACCCACUAAGACACGAGAAUCUGAAGAGGUCAGAGUGAUCAAACUGUAUCAUAUUGCCUUACGUCUUUGCUCAUCUGAUUGUCCUGAUGAUGAAUGCAAAGCCAGACCUGUCCUGGAAAGCAUUCUAAACAGUUUUGUCAUUGAAAACAAUAAAUUAACUCCACAAUUAGCAUCGGUAAAAUUUGCUAGUUGUAAAUUACUUGGAAACAUUUACUUCAAAUUGAACAAAGAUGCUGAAGGUAUUGAUCUGCUUAGUAAGGCUUUACAAGUCGAUUCGAAUGAUUUAAGUCUUUGGAUACGUCUAGCUCGUGCUGCUAUUCGUUCAGGUUUCUUUGAAGUUGCUAUCAAUUCAAUAGAUCACAUAUUAACAAAAAGGCCAUCUCAUCCACUUGCAUUGCAAUUGGCUCUGCCACUGUAUUUUGCAGUCUCUGAACUAGAGAUUUGCUUAGAAUUAUCAGUUCGUAUGUUACAAAUAGAUCCUUUUAGUGAAUAUGCAGUUUAUUUCAUUAAUCGAAUACUUACAAUUCAACCAAGUUUACAUGAAAUGAUUCAUGAUCUGUUCCUGCAAAGGCCAGAUAUUUUGAGUCAAUUACCGUCAUGUGACGAAGCUGAACGGAUUGAUCAAGAAAUACAGAAUAUUCGAAUAGUAUAUCGUAGACAAAAAGAUGCUGAAACAGAACUACGAACAAUUCCAUUGGUUAAAUUCCCAUCUCCAUUGAAACAUUUAAGCUGGCUACAUUUAAUUCAAGAAACAAUAGCAAUGUACGAUCGUUUAAUCUUAGAAUCAGCCAUUCAUUCAGUUCUUGAUUUAUCAUCAUUGUUGUGCAAAAAUGUACUUAAUUUUGAAUCAAUUCCUAAUGAGGUAAAUGAAGUUCCAAAUAACACUGUUACAACAUCAUCAUCAGCUUCUCUUAAUUUAAAGUUUGGUGAACAAUUGAAUGAUAAUAUUGAACAUGCUGUAACUUUGAAUAUUGAGAAAGUACCAAAUGUUGAUGCGGCAUAUGAUACAAUGAAAGAUGAUGUAAGUGAUUUCAAUAUUGAGGCAUCAAAUGAUGAUUUAACUACUACUGCUGGACUUGAAAAACGUCGAUCUUCUAGGGUUAGAACAUGCUUUGAUUUAACGGAUGGUUUAAAUCGUUAUUGUUCCAGACGAUCUGUGGUAGCAGAAUUGGAAAAGGCUUCGGACAAGUAUAAACCUUCCAGUGAAAAAUUAGCUAGCUCACAAAAAGAAAGUAAUUAUAUAAAUGAUCGGUUUAAAUUAAUCGAUAGAUUUCAAACACUUUUACCUCAAGUAUUUAGAGAUCUUGGUGUUUUCGAUCAAAAACCGAAAAUCUCGAAAGAACUACAGGCAACCACAGAAACACUUAUUCCAUGCAUUGAUUCAUUCACGGAAAUCUCAUCAAAUUAUUCAGAAUGUGUGACAUCAAUUUUCUCGAAUAUGUGGAGUCAAAAGUCGAUCCAUGAGUUCCUGGUUCUUUUGAAUAACAUGAAACCAAAUAUUAUUACAUUUGGUAUAUCAUUGCUUUUACAAACUAGCCGCCUUUCCGGAUACCGCUGGUCGUUAGAAUUAUCAACUGCGUAUCUGAAUUUAUUUGACCGUUUACGACCGUCUUUUCCUUAUUUAUUAACAACACCCUCCUCAUCAUUGUCAUCAUCAUCACCGCUACUGGAAGCUGUUAUUCAUCAAGAUAAAAUACAAUCAGAAACCUGCCUGCUACCUGAGGAUGUUUUGGCUUUAAAAGUAGCUCCAGAAUUAUAUCACUUAGCAUUUUUCUACAUUAUAUAUGUAGAAUUAUAUUUAGAAGAAUUAGAAUCUACCAGUCAUAAUUCAACGAAAUCAAAAGAAAAGAAUUCGAGACCGACUGAAAUACCAACACCAGUAUUCUCUGCGUUAAACGAUGUACUUGCAGGAUUUGAAGAAACGUCAUCAGAUUAUCCUAUUGUUAUGAGUCAUUUGUUAUGGAUGCAUUAUUUAAUGAGUUCACAACGUCGUGAUUAUGCAGAAAUGAAAGAGUGUGUACUCGCUCUAAAGAAGCUGAUUAUAGAACACAAGCUUGUUGUCGUUAGAUCAUAUAGUGUACAUCAUGGUGACUUAACAGUUGAUUACAUGAAUCAUUUAUUAAUAAAGUUAAAAGAUGUUUCAUCUUUCGAUCACCUGAUCCAAUUAUCAAAUGAAGGUCAACAUGAAGCUGUUGUAACUGAGCUAAUUAAGACAUUCCAGAUUCAACGUAAUAUAAAUUCAAAACAAUCUUCAUCCGACUCAUAUGAUCAUUAUCAAUCUAUCAUCAAACAACUGGAUUUAUGCUACGGUUCAUUGAAACAUUUAAUCAUGAAUUUAACACUAAAUAAUGACAAAAUUGUUCGUAAUAAUAAUGAUAAUAAAAAUAACAAUUCUCCUUCUUGUGAAACUAAUCAUACUACCACUACUAUUAGUAGUAAUAAAGACGAUAGUAGUAUGCAUACAAUAUCUCAUUUAGAUGUUCACUCAUUAUAUUGUUAUUGUACUAUAGUCAUUGAGGAGUGUUUAACUCUAUUGAAUAGAUUAAGUCAACAUGAACAAGUAAUCACUGAGGGAUCUGUUCAUAGUGUUGGAUCAAUUAUAAUCAAAGUAAUUAAAUUUUUAAAUAGGUGUUGGAUAUUAAUGGGUGAUGAGUAUAUAAAUGACAAUAAUCAAUCUGAUUCAAAUCAAUCAACUAUAAAAUUAAAUACAUCAACAGAUAUAUCCUUAUAUGCUAAUUUAUCAUUAAAGUUAUUCACAUCUUAUGAUGAUAAUGAUGAUGAGGUAAUAAUUACUUUUGAUAAUAAAGAUAAUUAUAAUGGUUUUAAUAAAAAGGUGAAGAAUAACAAUAACACAGAAAAUAAUCAAUUGAAUUCAUUCAACAAUCAUGAUGAUGAUGAUGAUGAUGAUGAUGAUGACGAUGAUGUGUCAGUACAUGAAAUGAAUAUAAAUAAAGUAACAAUUUCUGAAGCAUGUCGAACGGUAACUGUUCUCAUUGAUUUAUUAAUAUAUAUUAUACGUACAUCGGUUAAUUUACUAUCGAAUUGGAAAAUGAAUUUUUAUUUACAAUUAGUUUCUUUAAUAUAUGAACAUUUAUACUGCAUAGAACAUAGUAUUCCUUGUUCAGCCUUACCAAUUGAAUUGCGUAUUUAUCGAUUUGAUGCAGAAUUAACAGUUGAUGAUAUACCAUUUGAAUUGAAAGUUAAUGCAUAUACUGGAACGGUUAGUGCACCUCCGAGUAUUGCAUGCUUACAUUUAUUCCAUGAACUGUCUCUGGUGUUAUUUGCUUAUAAUCAAAUGUCCGGUGUAAAUAUUCCAUGUCGUGACUGUCCAGAUUUAUUGAAAUUAUUAAUACAGAUAGUGAUACGAAGUAGUAGACAACUACAAUUAUUAAGUGCAAAGUUCUAUUCACCUGAAAUACGUACAUAUCUGGAAACAGGUAGUCGUAGUGAUUAUCCAGCUGAUAAGAUUGUAUCAUGUAAUAAAACUUCUACUGAAUGUUCAACUAUUCUUCAAACAAAUGAAGAAUUCAUAAACCCAGUUUCUCCGGAUGAUAAUACAAUAGCAUGUACAGAUGAUCUUCAGAAGAGUAUAACUUAUAAAUCUUGGCCAAUUGAUUGUGUUUGUUUAACUCAAGUAUUAAGUUGUGCUGUGAAAUGUCUAUUGGGUGGUUCAUUAACACGUGAAAUUACUACUGUCUAUCAAUCACCAAUGGAGAAAUACUUAUUCUUGGAAUUACUAGAAUCAUCUGAUUUUGCAAAACUUUUUGAUUGUAUCAAAAAGAAAUCCGUCGAUAAUUAUGUUAAUUUUUUACCUGAAUGGAUUAAUACUUUAAAGAAUUUAUACACUUCUUCUGAUAUAUUUGAUCAUCCAUAUCUACAACAACCAAUACAGCAGAAUAGUUUGAAUAAACCUAAUUGGUGGAAUCCAGCCACGAUUGAUGAUCAACAAAGAUCACUAGAUUGGGAAUGUGUAAAGGUCAUUUUUUUGAUCUCUUAUCCUAGUCCCUUCCCAGAAUACGACAGUAUUAAAACACUUUCUGUAUCAACUGAGAUGUUGAAAUUUUUAUGUGAUGCAUCAAAACUCAUAUCAACUAGUGAAUCUAAGAAAAUUUUACCAAAAAGUGAAAUAGACAUGAUAAUUCAAUCAAAGGUGAAAGAUACUCAACAUUUGCCAUCUGUUCCUAAAGGAUUAAGUUUUCUGACCAAAUCUAUGUAUUAUUUAAUCGCUGAUCACUAUAUGAAAAAUAAUCAUUUUGAUCGUGCUGUGGAGUAUUACUUACAAGAUUUAUGUGUUUCCCCACAACGUGUAGAUACAUGGGCUUCAUUGGGUUUGAUUUAUUCAAGUGAAUUGGAACAAGUUUUAAAUUUGACUAAUCUAAAAACUGAACGAGUUUCUGCUGAAGCUGUUACACGUUGUUUACGUUGUUUUAAUGUUGCAUUACAUUUACAACCUGAUACUGUCACAUUAUUAAUUGAACGUGGUUGCUUAGCCUAUCAAUUGCAUUCAUAUGGUGCUAGAAUUGUGAAAAAAUCAGAAUAUAGGAAUUUUCCAGAUGCUCACUUGAAUCUCUGUCGUAAAUGGCGUUAUCGAAUGUUACAAUUAGCCCGUUCAUCUUAUGAAAGUGUACUGAAUUUAUGCAAUAUUAUAAAACAUCAACAAACCACUACAACGACUAUUACACAAGAAAUAACAACAAAUGAUACAAUGAAUAAAAAUGAACAUUUAAAUAGUAGAUUAGAAAAUCACUUGUCUGACAAUAGUAAUAAUACAAACAAAUUAGUUCAACAGAGUAAAGAAGAAGAAGAAGCAUGGUUAUGUCAUUAUAUGUUAGCGAAAUGCGCUGAGAAAGAUAUACAACUUAUGCAACAAUCUGGUGAUACACAUUCAUCAGUUUCAUCCAAGUCAUCCUCAUCUUCACGAUCUUGUUUAAUGCAUGUUCUACGUUUAUAUCAUGAAUCAUUGAAAGCGUUAGAUUUAGCUGGUGCAAAAUAUCCGAAAAAAAUUAUCGUUUAUAAUAAAAUACCUUUUAGAGCUGUCGAAGCAAUUGAAGUUUAUUACAGAAUUCAUGCAUUAUCUCUUAAAACAUUAUUAAAGCAUGGACCACCUGCUACUACUACUACUACUACUACUACUGUUACUAAUCAAUCUUCACAAUCGACUUAUUCUAUUUAUCCAAUUAAUUUAAUAGAAUUAGACCAAUUUCUGACUAUGAUUGAUUCAUCUGAUUUUGUUACAAGUGCAAAAAAGCCAUGUCGUAGAACUCGUAAACGAACAGCCAAUAUGGCAGGAUUAUCUACUAAACACAAUCAACUUCAAAAAUCAACUAAUCAUCUUGGAUCUUGUGACAAUCACAACAAACAAAUGGGAACAAAUGAAACUAAUAUCAAAGAAUCUGGCGCAGAUAAAUUGGUUCAACCAUUAGAUAUUAAACUUAACCCAAAUACCAUUCCAUCACAAGAUGAGUUUAUUGAUCUCAUUUCACCUGAUCCACAUAUAGUAGUUGAUGAAGAGGAAUCUACAAAGUUACUGGAACCAUCAUCAUCACGUUCAUCGAUUAACGAAUGUGUCAAUAAGCUAGGUUUAUGGAAAAAGUGUAUUGAUCGUUGCCGUUGUGCUUUAGAAUUGGUACUUCAAAGAUUACCACUUCAUUAUAAAGCAAUGUAUCGACUAGCCUCUCUAUAUUUGCAUGCUCCCCAUUUAAAAGAUCCUUGUAAAGCAUUGGAUAUAUUAUUGGGACCAACAGAUGAAUCUCAAAAACAUUUGGCAUCUACUCAUACUAACACUUUGAACGACAACAAUAAUGUUAACACUACAAAUGCAUCUACUCAUUUGAAUAUUGGAGGUUUAUUCAAAGAUAGGAAACAGAAUAACUUUUUCUAUGGUGUUUGGCGUAUCCCAACGGCUGAUAUUGAUCGAAGUGGUAAUUUUGCAGCUCAUAUGUACCGUUCAGUUUGUUUAACCCUAUCUCUACUUCAUGAUCAUGGUGAUUGGAGGCGUUUAGUGCAAAUAUUUCAUCAAUUAAGGAAACAACCUCCGGAAGAGAAGAGAGGAUUUCUUGGUGAAGGUGAUCGUGUUUAUUUAGCUAGACGUGCAUUCAAUCUGAUACAACCUACUUUGUUGAAUUGGCUAACCCAAUUAUCAUUAUCAUUAGCUAAUAAAAUUAGUGAACAAAUUUCAAAAGAUCAUACGUUUGUAUUUAGUUCUGAUAUUUCGUGUAUAACUUCACAAGGUUUUUUAACUAAUGAAAUUUUAACACAAAUCUAUCGACUUCAUUGUGUUUCAUAUUCACGUAAUUCUUCAUCUUCCUCUUGUUCUUCUUCUUCUACUACUACUAAUACUACUUCUGGUGUAUUAGAUUCCACGUUGAAUAGUCUAAAUUCAAGUCUUUAUUCCCCUACUACUAAUAAUAAUGUAAGUAGUACGACCGCUAAUACAACGACUAAUUCUGGUACAUCUACUCUUCUUGAUGUAAAUACUACAUUAGCAGCUGAAAUAUCUGGUUAUGCAUCAGUUCUACAGUUAGCCUAUCGAUUGUGUCCAACAGUUUGGGAUUCUCGUGGACCGUUAGUUUCACUUGACUGGAUUCUACAGAGAUGCAGUGAGUUAGCUUCAUCAAGAUCCCAAAUUGGUUUGGCUGAUAGUUCUAGUAAAUAAAUGAAUGAAACUUGAUCGAUAUAGAAUUCUAGACAUCUUUAAAUUAUAUUAUGAUAAUAUUUUUAUUGAGAUUCAUGUAUUAUUGACAGAUCUUGUAUUAAUUUGACUUUCUAUGAUGUUAUCUCUUGUAUAUAGAUGUUUGAAGUUUAAAAAAUACACAUUCCGUAUAAU